UGUUGAAGAACACAAGUACAAGGAGAUGCAGUAAUAGGAACGUGCGAAAAGAGAAAGAGAAUGAGGAAGACACCAUAGGAAGUUUCCCGCUUCAGCCGCCACGAGAAAAAGCCACUAAAGGGACCAAUUGGGUUUUUCAAAAAUCGCGACUUCGAUUGUUCAAAUUCAAUUUUUCUUUUUUAAUGGUUACAGUUCUUUCUGUUAUCAUUACUAGCAUGUGUUUAUAUCUGUCUCUUUUAACUGUCUUCUUUUCCUAAGAUUCUCUGCAACUUCUCUUCUUAUUAUUCUUCAAUUCACUGUCUUUUCUUGUUCACUUUUUCUGGGUUUUGGAUGUUAUAUAUAAUUGAUUAGUUUUCAAGACCCAGUUGAGGACUGACAGAGACUACUGAUGAUUGUUCACUUGUUGGUUUAAUCUGUGGACAUCAAAGGCCAGCAGGGCACUAGCUUUUUGCUUUUCAAUAGAAUGAUGAAAAAUAGUGUUAGUAGAGUGACUGAGCUGUUCUGUAGUUUAGUUAGUUUUAUGAGGAUAUGCAUGUUUCGUAUUCUAUCUGUGGGACCAAUCCCCAAUCAUAUUGCCUUCAUUAUGGAUGGAAAUCGGAGGUACGCUAAGAAGGAGAACAUGAAAGAAGGGGCUGGUCAUAGAGCUGGAUUUUCAGCUCUUAUAUCUAUACUUAAGUACUGUUAUGAAUUGGGGGUAAAGUAUGUAACUGUUUAUGCCUUUAGCAUUGAUAAUUUUAAAAGGCGGCCAGAUGAGGUUCAGGACCUUAUGGAUCUUAUGCUAGAAAAGAUUGAAGAGCUGCUCAAAGAAGAAAGUAUUGUGAACCAAUAUGGAAUCAGAGUGUAUUUUAUAGGUAAUUUGACACUGCUAAAUGAGCCUGUCAGGAUUGCAGCUGAAAAGGUUAUGAGGGCUACCGCCAAUAACACAAAAUGUACUUUUUUAAUCUGCAUUGCCUAUACUUCAUGUGAUGAGAUUGUACAUGCUGUUCAAGAAUCAUGUAAAUUUAAGCGGCAGGAGUUUCAACCAUUGACCUUUAGUCAGCAUAGUAAUGAUGGCAUUGGUUUUCAAGAAACUCAAAAGGAUGAAUUUGAUAAAUCUCAAGAAAUAAAGGCAAGUAAAACCAGCAAUGGUCUGACCAGAGUUGAAGGGGGUGGGAACAAAAUUAGCAUGGCUGUGCCUGCUGCACAAGGUUUGUGUGAAAAUAAAUGGGAUAAAGAUCAAACACUGACUAAAAAUAAAACUGAAAAUGGUGUGCUUCCCUCUGAAGAGAGUGAGAAGAUGCAGGGGGCAUGUUCUCUUAUAAAGCUGGUAGACAUUGAGAGAAACAUGUACAUGGCUGUAGCUCCUGAGCCUGACAUCCUGAUCCGAAGUUCUGGAGAAACCCGCUUAAGCAACUUCCUACUUUGGCAGGCUAGUGACUGCAUGUUGUAUUCUCCAGAUGCAUUGUGGCCAGAAAUUGGUUUCCAGCACUUGGUGUGGGUAGUAAUAAACUUCCAACGUAAUUAUUCUUAUUUGGAAAAGAAAAGGAAGCAGCUGUAACAAAUUGAAUACUGCAUAUCGGUGUCUUAUUUCACUCAGUAUGCAAUUGUUGUGUGCUUAUUAGAAAUUCUUCUGGGAGCUGGGCAGCACGAACACGCUUUACCUUCUUUAGUUGACUUCAUAAAAGCUUAAAUAUUCAAGCAUGGGCAUUUUUAUGUGCAGCGAUGCUUUAACAUGAAGUUCAAUAUAGGCCAGUUAACUAGUGAAACCAUAACAAAUGUAUAUCUUUAAUGAAACAGCAUUUUGCUGUUCUGUAGCCCAUUUUUUUGUUGGGGAUUUGUGGAUUAUAUCAUUCUGCAAUUAAAACUAGUUACUUUUUUUUA